AUGACUGGCACAGGAGCGCGCCCCUCGAGCCGCCUGAGCCUGUUUCUCAUGUCAUCCCUGUUUCCUCUCCAGUCGGCAUGUCCUUGGCAAUCUGCCAUGUCCGAUUGCAACGCUAGGUUUGGUGGUGUUUGGAGACUCGGCGCCCGGUGCUCCGCCCUCUUCCGUCGUGUUUCGCCUGCGCACCGCGACACUGUUCCUCCGACCCCGACACGCCUGAAAAUGCAAUGCUGA